GGACCGUGUGAGGAGGCGGCGGCGGCGGCGGCGGCGGGAAGGGGGGGGAUGAUGAUGGCGACCAAGAAAGGCCCGGGCCCCGGCGGGGGCGGAGCGGGCGGCAAGGCCGAGGCGGAGGCGGCGUCGGAGGUGUGGUGCCGCCGGGUGCGGGAGCUGGGCGGGAGCAGCCAGGCCGGGAACCGACACUGCUUCGAGUGCGCCCAGCGCGGCGUCACCUACGUGGACAUCACCGUGGGCAGCUUCGUCUGCACCGCCUGCUCGGGCCUCCUGAGAGGCCUGAACCCCCCACACCGCGUCAAGUCUAUCUCCAUGACGACCUUCACCGAGCCGGAGGUGCUCUUCCUUCAGUCCCGCGGGAACGAGGUGUGUAGGAAGAUCUGGCUGGGCCUGUUCGACGCUAGAACCUCCAUAGUCCCAGACUCCAGAGACCCGCAGAAAGUGAAAGAAUUCCUCCAGGAGAAAUACGAGAAGAAGCGCUGGUACGUCCCUCCGGACCAGGUGAAGGGCCCGGCUGGCGGCAAGGUUGCCGGCACCUCCGUCCCCGGCCAGAGCUCCACCCCGGAAGUCCAACCCCUGCGGACCCUGCUGGGAGACCCCGUGCCCGCGCUGACCGUCGCCACUUCCGGCCAGGCCCGGCUCUCCCAACACCGGGGCGCCCAGCCGGCCCCCGUCUCCUCCGCCAAGAAAGCCAGCACCGACCUGCUGGCUGACAUCGGGGGGGACCCCUUCGCCGCCCCGCCCCAGCCUCCGGCCCCUCCCUUCGCUGCCUUCCCGGCCUUCGGAGGCCAGGCCCCGGCCCACGGCGGCUUCGCCAACUUCGACGCCUUCGGCGGCUCCGGCGGUCCCCCGGCCUUCGGGGCCCCCCAGCUCGGGCACGCCCCUUUCCAGGCUCAGCCUGCGCCUGCAGCCAGCCGGAUCAUCACGGGCAGCUACAGUUUUGGCAGCAGCCAAGUGAUGCCAUUCGGGGCCUCUCCCCUCACCCCCGCGAGCCAGCCCAGCGGCCUCUCGGACAUGGGCGCCAUCCUGGGAAGCGGCAGUGUCUUCGGGGCGGUGGCCCACGUUCCCGCCUACCACGCCCCUGCUGCCCCCGGUGCCGGCGGGAGCGGCGGCCUGGCCUAUGGGGCCUUCACCAACCCGUUCACGGCUCCCGCGGCUCACCCACCUCUGCCAUCCACCAACCCCUUCCAGCCCAACGGCCUCGUCUCAGGGCCGAGUGGCUUUGGUCUGGGCACGAUGGCUCCUGGCUUCCCCCCUGCCCAGCCCCCCGGCGGCUUCCCGGUAGCCUUUCCCGCCUCCACCAUGUUCUCCCCGCAGACCCAGCUCUCCCAGCAGCAGCAGCAGCUUAACGGCUCCAGCUUUGGGGGUCUGGGAGCAGCCAAGCCGGGGGUGAAGGGCCCGGGCCAGCCCACCGCCAUUUCCACCAACCCCUUCGUGACUGGAACCUCUCCAAGCCCGUUUGCCUCCAAACCUCCCACCACCAACCCCUUCUUGUAGCCCCCCGAGGAGGGAGUCGGGGCCCGGCUGGCUGGUGGGGGGCGGGGGGCGGGGGAGCGGCGGGGAGGGGCCGUUUUGAAUACGACUUCUGAAAUUCCUCCCUCCCUCCUUCACGAUUGUCCCUGCUUUCCUGCUCCAGGCGCCCCCCUCGUCCCCGGGGGUGGGGGGGCGGAUGUGGAACUCAGGGUGGCACCCCUUCUGCCCCCCCGCUCCCCACCCCUUCCCCCUCAUCAGAGCCUAGUUGACCCCAGGGACCAGAGAUAUGAGGAUGGAGGAGGGGACUGUUCGUGGCAAUUAGGGGAAAGGGCAGUUAGGGGGAGGAAGCAUAGAAUGUCCUCAAUCGCCGCCCUCCCCCCCCGCCCCUAUACCUGAAGCCUUCUCUCUCACGUGUUCUCCCCCCCUCCGCCCCCAGGACUUAAAGAUUCAUUUUUCAACACCCCCUGCGUGUACCCCCAUCUCCCUCCCCAAAUUCCUCCUUCAAAGCUGCUAAACCCUCCUGGCUCCACUCUCCGUCCCCAGCCUGUUUGGGGGAACAUUUUAACACCCCAUCCCCACCCCGAUACUCCCUUCAAGCACUUUAGUUAGCAAUCUCAUGUUUGGAUACCAGUGUUUUAUAUAUAUAUAUAUAUACAGUAUAUAUAUUAUGAGUUUUCUAAUAUAGCCUAUUCUAUAUAUAUAUAUGAUAUCGAUAAUAUAUAGAGCAGGGGACCCUCCCCCAGACAGCUCUGGGAUGCGGUGGCUCUCCCAGCCCUUCUCCCAAAUCUCGAGCUUCCCUAGUCGCCCUGCCCCGUGGCCCCCCACUGCCUGCACCCCCAUCUCCCCCGCCCCUCCCCGGGGAGCUGGGAAGUUGGGGAGGGGGGGGUCCCGGGUGGGAGCCGGGGGUGGCCGCGGCUUCUCAUGCAAUCUCUUUAUUUUCCUUCCUGACCCCGUCCAUUCUGCCGGCCCCCGCGUCACCCAACGUGAGCGCCCCUUCCGCCCCCACCCCGUGCCCCCUCGGCCCCCCACCUACCCACCCCCCGUGGCACCGAAGCCAGGUGCGGAGCGUUGGAAAGAAGGAAAAUUAAACAGCGGUUUGAGAGAGGA